UAUUUUAAAGGCGACAUUCGGGCAAAUUAGCGUAGAAAAUUCUGGAUAGACGCUAGCUAUUACCCUCAGUAUCAUAGCAACACUAAUUGAUGGGUUUUUCAUUUGUCGAUCAUAGUCAAUGAUUGAUUAAUACGAUUGAUAUUAACCAGCAUUGGUUUCUGCUGUUGGAAAGAGUAAGUUUUUUCAUGGUGAAUAUAAGAGUUUGAUUUUGGUAGCUCUGCUGUAGAUGUCAGCCUAGAUCAGCAACUUUUUCAUAUUUUUUGUUUCUUAUUUUUGUGGCUACAAUGAUUAAGGUGAUAUACAUUUUCGUAAAUUCAGCCUUAAUCAUACAGCUUUAAUCUUUGUCAACAUAUGUAUACAAUAACUAAAACGUACUUCAUUUUUUUUCGUUUAUUUGAACGGUGCCCUGUUGUGGACUGGCAUCCCAUCCAGUGUGUACCCAGGCUGUCUGAGAUACGCUUCAGGUCUCCCACCCCCCCGCAACCCCAAGAUAAGUGCUUGGAAGAUGGAUGGAUGGAUGGAUGGGUGCAUUUGAAUAGUGACACAUUUCCACAUUAAGAGCUUGUACUUAAAGCCAAAUUUAAAAUAACAGCCAUUUCAAGAUGUUUAGGUAUCCAUUCUUGCAGACGCCGACAUUCUGCCAUAAGUCACAAAGAUCGCUGCCGCUCUUCAGCGGAAUCCUGUCUGAACUCCUGCUUCUGAAGCAGGGCUGGAUAAGAACAGGGAAGUUUUCCAGUGUGGGAUGCUCCUUCUCCUCCAGUCCGCUCCACAUCAGAGAAAAGGGAAAAAGGGCGGCAGAAUUACCCAUCCACCAGCAAGGACUCUCUGUGCCAUGCAGACAAGGUCUCUGCUGGUUUUCCUUUCAUAGCCUAAAUCAUUUCACAUUCAGGAGAGGUGUUGCUGUAGUUUUUGAGAAACUUUACCAAAAGGUACCAUUUCAAAGACCGAAUCGAAAAGAUACCUUCUUAGACAGACAGUUUGGGGUCAGAGGGCAGCUUAGCACAGGAAUUGUAAGCUUCCUUCCUUCCCUGCAUUCUUGGACACAGCCGCUCUUUGAACGUCUUACUGGGAAAGAUACAAAGAAAUGCAGACAGUCGAGUCUUAAUAAAAACCAGUUCUGUAAAUGCCAGGGGGAAGACAGCCAGAACCCAACCACAAAUGUGGAAAGUGCAUAUAGUAUUACCUGUGGUAAUGAGAAUGGGCAACAGGGUUUGUUUAACAAGAACACUUGUUCAAGCUGGACUCUUUCCCCAUCAAAGGUCAGGCCUCACAGUGAUGGUCAGACUCCCUUCAGUGGCUUGUGGGCCCAGAGCCGCUUCCUACACCACAGUGCUGCUGUUCCAGUAAGGACCGAUCCCAGGCAGGCAAGCCUUAGAGAAUGCCUGUCUGUAAAGAAUGAAGCACGGUGUCGCCGUGCACUAGAGCCCAAUGGGGCCUUGUACGAAAAGGACAGUCCUGGGAUCUGGGCGGCAGUGCUGGUCUCCCUAUGCCUGGUGGAAGGCGAACCAGCCUUCCUGUUCACCCUCAGGUCCAGCACUCUCAAGGGGAGGCACAAAGGGGAUGUCAGCUUUGCAGGGGGGAAGCGGGACCCUUCGGACAGAGAUGUGGUCGACACGGCACUGCGGGAGGCUCGUGAAGAGCUGGGCAUCACUGUGGCAGUGGGCAGCGUGUGGGGCGUGCUCAAGCCACUUAGGGACUGGUCAGGAAUGAUUAUUGCCCCUGUAAUAGCAAAUCUGGGCCCCCUGGAGGCAUUAAACUUCCAUCCAAAUCCUGCUGAGGUGGAUGAGAUCUUCACCAUCUCACUUUCCCACCUGUGCAGUCAGGAGAAUCGUGGCUACACGCACUUCCGGAAGGGCGAGCGGUACGGCUACACCCUUCCCGUGUUCCGCAAUGGGAAGCACCGGGUCUGGGGGCUAACGGCCACGGCCCUGGACCACUCGCUCAAAGUCGUCAUGCCCCCAUAAUGCCCAGAGACAACAAAUAGCGUCAAGGCUAAUAUGAAAUGUACACAACAAAUCACAUCAAGGCUAAUAUGAAAUCUUAAUUUGAUUUGAUCCAUGUGUGAAAUGGCACAAUUCAUUUAUAUAGUUGGACUUUGUUUGUUUAACCCUGUAGGGUCUCCUCGGGGGCCCCGGUCUUUUUGCCUGCUGACACAGACUUUUUCGAUGUUCUCUUUGCACUAUACCCUUCUAGAAUAGACAUUUCAUGUCACACGUGCAAUUGUUGAAUUGUCAAUGACCAAUAAAACGGUAAAGUAUUUUGAAA